AACCAUUAAGACCUGCAACGCAGACGACGCGUCUUUACUAUUGCGCCAGUACAUUCAUCCAUCAGAUAAAUAGCUCCCCAUUCUUUGAGCACAUCCUCUAUUACAGUAUAUAGUAUGCCUACCCAGUUCUUGACUAGUUUGACUAAAGAGGAUGCACAUGAGGACGGCAUUUGGAGCGUUGCAUGGUCAUCAAAAAAUGCGCUUGUAACUGGCUCGCUCGAUGCUACUGUCAAGGUUUGGGAUACUGACAGUGGCGAAUUAAAAGGGACAUUAACUGGUCACCAGCUGGGCGUUAAUUCUGUGGAUACCAAUGCCGAUGGGACACUGGCUGUUUCAACAUCCCUGGAUAGUCAAAUCAGGAUCUGGGAUCUGGAGAAUAUUAAACAACACAAAGUCAUCGACGCUGGCGCGGUUCAAGCAUGGACAGCGAAGUUUUCGCCAGAUGGGAAACACAUUGCUACAGGGUCAUCUUCAGGAGAUAUAAAUCAAUUCAGCGUAGAAUCAGGAGAAAAGGUGCAAACAUUUGAAGGCCGCGGCAAAUUCUCGAUGUGUGUUGCUUAUAGUCCCAACGGAGAAUAUAUCGCUUGUGGAACAGAGGCAUCGCCUGAUUCAGCAACAGUGCUGUUAUUUGAUGUUGCCACUGGAAAGCUGCGCAAUACGUUCAAAGGUCAUGCUAUGACUGUUCGUUCAUUGGCUUUCUCCAGUGACUCUUCGAAACUGAUGACGGGCUCUGAUGACAAGAGGAUUAUGAUUCAUGAUGCUGUUCAUGGAAAUACCAUUCGUACACUUUCAGGACAUUCUGCUUGGGUACUAAGCGUUGCCGUCAGCAGCGAUGGCGUUCAUGUUGCCAGUGGAUCAAGCGACAGUAAAGUGAAGUUAUGGGAUUUAGUAGCAGACCAGUGCAUUGACACCAUGGAUGGCCACAGUGAUCAAGUCUGGGGUCUUGCGUGGAACAAGCAAGGCAAUAAAUUUGCCUCUGUAUCAGAUGACAAAGCAAUUAAAUUUUAUUCAACCACCUCUGCAUGAAUUUAAAAUCUUAAACCUGCUCUAUCAGUUCAAUAAAGAAAUAGAUUUGUCCGGGAGAAGCCC